AUGGAACGCAGAAGGGGGCAGGAGAAAGAACUGUCUGCUUCCUCCACCAGACAAAAGCCUCUUUGUACAGGUGUCAAAGGAGCCAGGUACCAUCCUCAGUCUGCACAGCCCCAGAUUUCUGGCUCCCUGAACUGCAACAAGGAGUUCCUGCCAAUCCUGACAACUUUACUCCUGGUUCAUUGGACUUUGAGUUCCCUGCAUAGCUGUGGACUCUGCAAGCAGUUUGUCCCAAUAUAUCCGCAGCUGGGCCAGCCUCUGGCCCCCGAGGACGCUCGGCCAAAGGGACAGCUGGGGUCAGGGUUCUUCCUCUCGGCGUCCAGGUCUGCUUGGUUCUCACCCUCCGGGGCGGGUUUCCGCGUUGGUUCGCCCUCGGACCAGCCCCCAGCACCCCCCCCUUCCGCGGGCCCCUCUCUCCUCGCUCGCUGGGCGCCCGGGCGAUGUUGCCCGGGCUUGUUUCUAGCUCCGGAGCGUCGCCCGGCCCGGCGCCAGGUCACGUGCGUUAGUGACAGCCUCUCGCAGGGCGGCCCCGGGGCCCGCGCGCCGCCGAUUGGUGGAGCCGGGCCGGGCCCCGCCCUGGGGCGGGGCGUCCGGGCGGGCGGGCCCGACGGGCGGCCGCAGCGGCGGAUCAGCUGUUCCGAGGCUGCACAACAACAAAAGGAGCGGAACGCACCGGCGGCGGCCAGCGGCGCGGCCUCAGGAGGGCUGGAGCGGCCCCGCGCCCCGCGCCCUGCCGUCCGGGUGCCGCAGCUACCUCAGCCGCCCGCGUGCGGGUCCCCGCCAGCUGCCUUUGCCGCCCGUCCGGCCGCGGGUCGGGCCCACGUAAGUGCGGGCGGGGCCGGCGUCCAGGGCCGCUCUCUCCGGGUCGCCCCUCGGGCCGCGGUCGGUGCGCUCCCCCAACCCCGCUCUCCGCUCGCCGCCGCGGGCCGGCUGCCCACCGCCUCGGCGGCCCCGGAGGUGCGCGCGGGCGCGGGGCGGCGGUUGGGUGUUUGGUUUCUGCCUCCCCCUACCGCGAGCGCGGCCUGUUCUCUCGGGGCCGCUGCGGGACCGACCUCUUCUUCCCUCUCCUCCUCACUCGGCCUCCUACCCUCCGCCGUUGGGCUGGGGCUGCCCGCCCGGGAGUGGGCGUCGGGGGCCCCGUGCCCCGGAGGGGCGAGCGCGGCCGCCGCCGCCGCCCCGGGGCGCAGCCCUCCGGGGCUUGCGGCUGCUCGGGCAGCCCUCCCUGCGCGCGGCGGCUCCGCUACCCCGCGACCAGCGCUCGCCCGCCCGUCGCUCCAGAGGACCAGCCCCAAGGAGAGCCUCCGUUCUUGGGCCGAAGCCAAGGUGAAGAGCAGCAGUGACCUGGGAUAA